AUCGACAAAGAGACUAUUUUAUUAUUAUUUAUUGUUUUUUUUAAGCCUCAUGUACUCCUCUUCCCUCGAAAAUUGAAGGCUCAGGCCCGUCCAUUGCAAUGCAAAGCAAGCGGGUUCAAUAAGGAGGAAACAGAGCACGGCCAGAAAUGGAAGGAGGAGGAAGCAAAUCAGGAAAUCUCCUGCGGAAGCCCCACCGCAUCGGUUCCUGAUCUGCAUCAUCAUCUCCUCUCCUUCCUUCCCUAAAAAAUUCAAGCUCAACCCCCUAACGUAUCCAUGGCAGUUACCCUCUCCCGCGUUUAAUUCUUUGAGUGAUAACUUCCAUUUGUGAAUUUCAUGUUCUCAUCUCUGAUUGAUUGACCCAAAAGGGAAAAAAUUCCAAUACCCAGAUUGGAAAACCUGGAGUUCUUCCUGUUUUCUCCCCCUGAAGAUUCGAGGGUAGAGGUGUUGGGCGAGUUUAUCAGCUCCAAAACCCUAAUCUCUCACUGUCUUCCAAUCCUUUUUUUCUGCUGCUUUGUCGUCUGAAAUCGUGGGUUUGUCGAUUGGGUUUCUUCUUUCAAAUCCCAAUUCAAAUUCGCCUUCGUAGGGAAUCGAAAUGAGCGGCCAAGUAGCUGCUCAUGCGCCUAGGAGGACCGUCGCUACUCAGAGACGGGGUCCCUCCGCCGUCAGGAAGCUCGUUCCGUCCGAGAACGGCACCUCCAAUGGAAACGUCACCAAACCACUUUCUCCUAAUGAAGCUUCUGUAGGUGGCGACAGGACUGUGAAGAAGCUGAGGCUAUCGAAGGCUCUUACGAUUCCUGAGGGGACAACAGUUUCGGAUGCUUGCCGGCGGAUGUCAAGCCGCCGUGUUGAUGCCGUUUUGUUGACAGAUGCAAAUGCUCUGCUUUCAGGAAUUGUUACAGACAAGGAUAUUGCUUCUAGAGUUAUUGCGGAGGGUUUGAGACCGGAGCAGACUGUUGUGUCUAAAAUUAUGACUCGCAAUCCUAUUUUUGUCAAUUCUGAUUCAUUAGCCAUUGAUGCGCUCCAGAAGAUGGUUCAGGGCAAAUUUAGGCACCUUCCUGUUGUAGAAAAUGGUGAAGUUACUGCCUUGUUGGAUAUUACAAAGUGCCUGUAUGAUGCUAUAUCAAGGAUGGAGAAGGCUGCGGAGCAGGGAAGUGCCAUUGCAGCUGCAGUUGAAGGCGUUGAACGUGAGUGGGGAAGCAAUUUUUCUGCUCCAUAUGCUUUCAUAGAAACUCUUAGGGACCGGAUGUUCAAGCCUGCCUUGUCAACCAUCAUAGCUGAAAAUGCCAAGGUUGCAAUAGUAUCACCAUCAGAUCCUGUCUAUGUUGCUGCCAAAAGGAUGCGGGACUUGCGGGUUAAUUCUGUUAUUGUUAUGACAGGAAACAAGAUUCAAGGGAUACUAACUUCAAAGGAUGUCCUUAUGCGAGUUGUGGCACAAAAUCUUUCUCCUGAGUUGACUCUGGUGGAAAAGGUAAUGACACCAAACCCUGAGUGUGCAACAUUAGAGACAACGAUCCUUGAUGCAUUGCAUCUAAUGCAUGAUGGGAAGUUUCUAAACCUUCCUGUUUUAGACAAAGAGGGAUGUGUUGUUGCUUGUGUAGAUGUUUUGCAGAUAACCCAUGCAGCAAUUUCCAUGGCUGAGAGUAGCUCUGGUGCUGUUAAUGAUGUGGCUAACACAAUGAUGCAAAAAUUUUGGGAUUCUGCGCUUGCCUUAGAGCCACCAGAUGAUUAUGACAACCACAGUGAAAUGUCUGGAUUAAUGACAUCAGAUGGGACAGAAACUGGGAAGUCUAUGUAUCCAUCUCUUGGCCUUGGGAAUUCAUUUGCCUUCAAAUUUGAAGAUCUGAAGGGUCGUGUGCAUCGAUUUAAUUGUGGCACUGAAAAUUUAGAUGAGCUGUUAUCUGCUGUCAUGCAUAGGAUAAGUGCUGCUGAUGAUCAAGAUCGUCCCCAUCUGUUGUAUGAGGAUGAUGAAGGUGAUAAAAUUCUACUUGGAAAUGAUGCUGAUCUUAUUGCUGCUGUCAGUCAUGCCAGAUCCAUAGGACGGAAGGUUUUGAGGUUGCAUUUGGACUUCUCUGAUUUAAGCCAGCAAAUAAUUUCAGAAUCAUGUACAACCACCUUGCAGAGACCUGGAUGGCUGAAUAUCAGUUCUGGGAUAUUGGUGGGUGCAGUUCUUCUAACAGGUGUUGGUCUAUUAGUUUACUUGAAGCGCUCUAAAUUGUGAUAUGCUUUUUCAUCAAACCGGAGCAUAUUUGGGUUUAGAAGAGGUUUACAUCUGAAGUCAAGUUUCUGAAGAUAUUCUGAGGCAGCAGCUGAUGAAAACAGGAAGACAUUAGAAAGCAGCGGUUUGAGGAACCUCGAAAUGAAGAACUAGUUUGCUCCAGGGACACUAGUGGAAGUGUAAUAUGAUGUUGAAAUACGAAAUGGAGGGGCUGGGAAUAUUUCUGUCCCAUUUUGGCUCUCGUAGUUGCAACAUGGAUCACCUGUUUUUUUUCCUUUACUAGGGGAGUAAGUAUGUACAAACUCACCUCUACGAUCCUCUCUAAGUGCUAAGAAGGGGCGAUACUCCAAUUUUUUUCUCCUGACAACUUUAUAAUGGUUUUUGGUGGCAUUUCGAUGUAAAUGUGAUGCCAAUUUUUGUUUUCCAUUACCAUUUUAUAUAAUGGGUUUGUUUUCUUCAUUAUUCCAUUCCAAGGAUGGUUUUGUGUAUCAAAAUGUAGGCUCCAUUUUGAAGGAAAGAAACUAUCUUUUUUCUUGGAUUGAGGGCAUUCCGUUGCAUGUUAAGGGGAAAAUUGUAUCUCCAACAUUUGAAUUCUACUGUGCCUUUUGAAUAAUUUUUAUAAUGCUGAAUAAACCAUUGAAAAUAUCUUUUU